AUGUCUGUUAGCGAUAACUCUACCUUGGAUGUGUCGCACGACAAUGACGGUUUGGGUGGAUACGCGUAUGGCACGGGGGAUCUAGCAGUCAGUCCUGAAGAGGUCUCCCCCUAUGCAACCACGCAGAUGGUCCCCUUGGAAGUUGGGCCAGAAGCAACCCGCUUCCUCGUUCACGACAGCGUCUUGAGCCGUAGCGAGGUCCUUGCCGCAAAGUCCUAUCCAUUGGCCUUCGUGAAGCAGUCCGUACUUCUCCCGGAGCUGGACUUGAACACGGCGCACACUCUGGUACACUACCUGUACACCGGCAAAUACCAGAGUCUCAACACACUGGCGUCAUCCGACAAAGUCAUACCCGAAGUCUACAAGCUGGGCGCCGGUGUAUACUGCGCUGCGGCGCGCUACAAGCUACCGGGUCUUGCUGAGCUAGCUCAAAACAAGCUCAAGUCUCUCGAUGAGGAAAUGAGCAUCUUCGAUAUCCUUACCGUAGCGAGAGACCAUGCUUUCCCUUUGCUACCGGAAGACGAUCUGUGGUAUCCGAGCUAUGUUGAACAGUCGCUCAACAACGCUAUGGCGGACGACCCAGAGCCGUUCCGCAAGCCGGAUUUCAUUACGACGGUGGAGGGAAACAGCAGGCUUCUACAACUCGUCUGGAAGACUGUGAUGAGUAACUACGCUCGAGCGCCUGCGACGCCAGUCGUCAGUAGCGAGGAAGCCACUACUCCAACAGCUGAGAUUGUACCGGAGCUGCAUGAGCCGGUCAGUGGUGAAGACGCUGUUGCUACGAUUGCGCCGCCGAAAGUCGAAGACAAAGAAGAACCAUUAGCGAAGCCAGUGUCGGCGCCUGUUCCAGAGGAUAAGGUUGCUGAGGCCCCUGUUGUAAACGACGCGAUCGCUUCGAAGCCCGCUGAAGAAGUCGCACCGAAGAUCGACGAAGCUCAGCCAGUAGAAAAGCCAGCAACGCUCGAGCCCUUCACGGACGAGCUGGACUUCAAAUCCUCAAAGACGUACCAGCAGAUGGGCAACAGGAAGCCAGAACAGGUCAAUACCAGUGAUACCGUCUCAGAGGCGACCAAAGCUCCUGUUCACGUACGUUCAGAUUCGGUGAUGCAGGUUGAGCAGCCUGUGGUAACUCCCACUGAUGGAGAGACGAAGACCGAUGGUGUUGCGCAAGCGGAAGAAGGGACUGAGCGAGCACUUGCUGAUUUGGAGGAAUUGGAAGCACUUGGAGCGCAAGGAAAGAAGAAGAGCAAGAAGAGGGCUAAGAAGUUGAAGCAGGGUCUUGUUGAGUAG